AACGGAUGUGCUUGAUAGGUCCCUUGCCAAGAGAUAUCUAUUGUUGAUCUAGAAACAUGGAUUUGAUACCAAUUAAGGUCCCUCUUCAAAUCAAAGAGAAUUUGCCAAAGGACAAACUAAGAACACACACUUUUCUUUGAGUAGUUUAGACUACCUCUUUAUAGGUUUUUUAUUGAUUUAAAUAGAGUAUAAGAAGCAAAUAACGUGAAAGGGAAAGUGGAUCACUCUUCUCCUACAUAACAGGAAAUGGAGCCGUGAUCUUUUUAUUUGCAUAAACAUAGGAAACAACUUGAAGACUAAGUCAUAUUGAACUAUGGUUGAGCGUAGUCUCAUCAGUGCUGACCAGUCGACCAACAAAAUUUGUCCGAUAAAAAAAAAAGAACAAAGUAUAGUAUAUUAGUAUUGCGCUGUUUACUUGUAGACCAAACAUCUCAUUCAACACGAUCUUAUUAUAAAAGCACACCAGCAUUACCCAUAUAGAGCUUAAGAAAAAACAUCUCAUAGUUUCUAACACAUUUAAGACUGCUCUUUACUCUUAGCAAUGUCAUCAUCAUCAUCUGUUCCUGAUUACUUGAGAGAUGAAAAUCUGACACAAAAAACAAAAGAUCUGAUUUCUUCUCUUCCAAGCGAGAAAGGUUGGUUGGUCUGUCAAAUGUAUCAGUUCCAAGGACGUUGGCACACACAAGCGCUACUAAAAGGAAUCUUGACUUGCCAAAAACAAUUUGAGGCCAAAGAUUCCGACAUUAUCCUCGUCACCAAUCCAAAAUCAGGUACCACUUGGUUAAAGGCUCUUGUCUUUGCUCUCAUUAACCGACACAAGUUUCCAGUUUAUUCUUCUUCUUCUGGUGAGCAUCCUCUUCUUGUUACCAAUCCGCACUCCCUUGUGCCUUUCUUGGAAGGAGUUUACUACGAAUCUCCAGAUUUCGAUUUCUCCCAGUUGUCUUCUCCAAGACUCAUGAACACGCACAUAUCACAUCUUUCGCUGCCCGAGUCCGUUAAAAGCUCGCCUUGUAAGAUUGUGUACUGUUGUAGGAAACCUAAGGACAUGUUUGUGUCCUUAUGGCAUUUUGGGAAGAAACUUGCUCCUGAAGAAACCGCUGACUAUCCUAUUGAAAAAGCAGUGGAAGCGUUUUGUCAAGGGAAAUUUAUAGGUGGACCCUUUUGGGAUCAUGUGUUGGAGUAUUGGUAUGCGAGUCUCGAGAACCCGAACAAGGUCUUGUUUGUUUCUUAUGAGGAGCUCAAGAAGAAAACCGGAGACACGAUCAAGAGAAUAGCUGAAUUCUUGGGAUGUGGUUUUGUUGGAGAAGAAGAAGUUAGAGCGAUUGUGAAGUUGUGUAGCUUUGAGAGCUUAAGUAGUUUGGAAGUUAAUAGGGAAGGGAAGUUGCCAAGUGGAAUGGAGACCAGAGCUUUCUUUAGAAAAGGAGAGGUUGGAGGAUGGAGAGAUACUUUGACUGAGUUCUUGGCUGAGGUGAUAGAUAGAACCAUUGAAGAGAAGUUUCAAGGUUCCGGUUUCAAAUUUUCUUGCUGAAAUCAAUCUUUGAAUUUUCAUUCUUUUAAUAAUAUUGAUUUCUUCGAGCUUGUGAGUUUUAUUGUUUUUGAUUAUUUUAUGUUUGUUUUGUUCUUGUUGUUGUGGUUCUGGACCUGUGGUAUGAAUAAAACUGAAUCAUGUUUAAAUUAUCCUUUGUUUUCGAAGUUGUGAAGCAUGGAUUGAGUCUGGCCUUUACAUACCUUGAAGCUCCUAAUCAUUCACAAAAUGUGAUAAUAACACAGGAAAAAUUUACAGCUAGACAUUUUUAGUAAAAAACUUUAAUUUUCUUAUCAGCCAUUUUUAGAUGUGCUACCUAAGACCAUCUCCAAUGUAUUUUGCUGUUUUUACCUCUAAAAUAAAAGAAUUAUAUAAUAGAGGUUUGAUAUGCUCUAAUGUAUUAUUCUAAAAUAAUAAUUUCUAAAUGUAGAGUAAAAAAUAGAGGAAUGUUAUUUCUUCUUCUAUAAAUAGAAUAAAAAAUAGAAAUCUCUAUUAUAGAGGAAAAAAUAGAGGUGAGUUAUAACAAUUCACCUCUAAAUACUAUUAUAGAGGUGAAAAUAGCAAUGAGUUAGAGAUGUUAUUUGUGUUUUAAUUCCUAGUUUAAUAUUAGGAACGCAAUAAUACCAAUGCAUGCAUUUAACUCACUAGCCUUAUACCAUGUUUGGUGGUAUACUCUUUUCAAUAUACGAAAUAGAAACGUCAAAUUAAAAGGAAAAAGCCAAAAUUAUACAAUUUUAUAUUUUUAGUAAAAGAAUCUGUAAUUUGUUUAUCAGCCAUUUUGUUGUCUAAGUGAGUAACUGUUUUUGUUUUUUGUCAAACAGUGAGUAACUGUUUUAGUUUCAACAUUAACAUUAUACUUCUCAACUGAUCUCUUAUAUAAUAUCAUAAUUGUUUUAAUAUAUGACAAAAUAGACUGCUGACUCUUAUUCGUUUCUGUGUAUUCAAUUUUAAAAUACUGUUGUCAUGAUGUGUAUCUUUUUUUUUGGUAUACCCGUCAGUGUACAUGUUCUAAAAACAUUUCUAAUUCGCUCCAUAUUUCAUUUCUAAUUCACUCUAUAUUUUUAAAAUAGAAUGAAAAUAAAAUAAAAUAAAAUAAAAUUAUUACUCCCUAAAUAGGAUAAAAAAAAAAUUGUUCGAGACGGAGUGAAGUUUGAAAUGCUCUAAACACAAUUUGUCCAUGCCCAUAACCCACUUGUCCGAUCGAUCUAUACAAACCAACAUAACAAACAGAAACAAAUUGUGUGGUUUAAAAUGGACCCAUGACGUGUAAUCAUCAUAACUCCUUUGUCUGAUCAAGAUUUCCAGAGAAACAACACAAAAAUCAUUCCCAAUUUCCGAAAAAAAUAGAGAAAUCGGAAAUGUUUUAAUUUUAUUUUAGCGCAAAAUAAUGAAUAACAAAGAGGCCAAGUCAUAUAAAACGAUGAGGGUUAUUGGUAUGUUCAUUGAUUUUAGUUUGGUUUACGAGUCUAACUUAUAGAUAACUCACAGAUAUUACCAACCAUGCUUUAUUUUAAUUUUCUAAGGCUAUUUUUUGAAAAAUAAAAAGUAUUGCAUACGAGUUUAGUUGUGAUUUGUUAUGUUUGCAUUGUAAUUUUAAGUUAGAAGCUUUGCUAAAAUGCUCGUGCAGCGGAUUAGAGUUCUCAAAAGGAAAUUCUGGUAAAUAUGACAUUGUUAUCAUGUUCUUGGCUUUAAAUUUUAUGUAUUUUCUUGGGUGAGCUUUGUUUAUUCGGUUUCGUUAAAAUGAUUUUUAGGAGUUGUAGCAUUAUAGUUUUCAAGUGAUUUAAUGUAGUGUUGAUUUGAAAUUGUUUUUAAUGAACUGGGUUGUAGAACUUCUCUAUCCUCAUCAGCUCUCAUCAAAUUUGUAGCAAUCCAAUAUCCAGACUUGACAGUAUAUUGACCAUUCUUGGUGUAACUCCAACAAAAUGUAUCAUGUCGAUGAGUAGGGCUUAUGGCCAAACUAUGAAUCAUCGAUAUAUCUUCUUGAUCUAUAUAUUGUCCAAUAGUCGAGCAUUCCACUCCCUUGUUUUGAAAUUAAUAAGACUGCUGAUGGUCAUCUUUGGGUGUAUUACUGGGACCUGGGAGCGAGCCGGCCUUGCUGGCGUCGAAGGAAUCCAAGGAUCCUCCUACACAUUUAUUUCAUAUCCUGAAUGCACUUUGCUUCUGAUACCCAAAAGUAAUAUCUUUCUCGCAGCUAUAAUACUCGUCCAUACAUACGUUGGGAAACCAAUUCCUCCCUCCUCUCGGGGUGCAAACAUAUUUUCCCAUUUUGCCCAGUGGAUUCCUCUUUUUGGUGGAUUCGAACUCUACCAAAAUUGUGCAAUGGCACUCGCUAGGUUCUCACAUAUCUCCAAAGGAAGUAGAAAACUGGACAUGACAUAAGUCGGAAGAGCUACCAAGAUGGAUUUAAUCAAAACUUCAUUUUUUCCCUUAGACAACCAUCUACCAGUCCAACCAUUCACUAUGUGUAAUAGUUUAUCUUUUAAGAAGGCGAAUAGCUUUCACUUUGAUCCACUAAUAUCCUCUGGGAUUCCUAAGUAAGAGCCCAUUCCGCCUUCGUUUUGGAUACCAAGUGUAUUUUUGAUCUUCUAUUGGUCAUUCACUGUAAUCCUUUUACCAAAGAGUAAUGAGGAUUUGUCAAAAUUGAUACAUUGACAUGAUGCUUUCCCGUAUUCCUGACUACUUUCAUAACUUCUUCAUAUUCACGGUGUUCCGCCUUACAGAAGAAUAAACUAUCAUCAACAAAGAGAAUGUGUGAUACCGAGGGGCUAGCGCGUGCGAAUCGCAUCCUCGUUAUCUUCUCUUGAUUCUCUGCAUGAUUAAGAAGGCUAACGAGCGCUUCCGUGCAUAGAAUAAAUAUGAAAUGAGACAAAUGAUCCCCUUGACGUAAACCUCAUCCAGGGACAAUAUUUUCCCUUGGUUCUCCGUUCAUGAGAACUUUAUACUUGACUGAAGUAAUGCAUCUCAUAAUCCAGUCAAUCUAUAUCUCUGAAAAACCCAUUUUUCUCAUGACUGCUUCAAUGAAUGACCGUUCCAUCCUAUCACAUGUAUAACGUGAAUUAUUUAAGGGAAGUAUCUCACAAUUUAUAUCAUAAUUAAUUGGAAAAUCUUUUAAUAAAGUUGAGAAAUAAGAGACUCGCAUGGAUUUUCAACGUUAUUCAGAGACAUAUUUAUUUAUUGAUAUAAAUGGUGAGACUACUCUUGAAAAAUUCCCAUUGUUGAUGGUCUUAGUCGACCUAAAAUUAUAUAAAAUACCAUUAAAGUUUUAGUUAGGACCUAGUUUAAGUGGUGGGUUUAUUAACAUAUCUUAUUGAUACCCAAAAUGCUUACUUUUUUGGAGAAGUCAUUUAGAGUGUACACGUAGGCACAAAAAGUCGUCCAAUCAGAGAACCUGAAGUUGCCACGUCAUCUCAUUUAUUUUUUCGUAAAAAAUAAAAAAACAAUGCAAAGGAAAGGAUCGAACUCAGGUUAGUAUGACAUAAAUAUAGGGUAAAUACCACUAAGCCAUUGAAACUUUCUUGGACACAUAUACAAUAAUCACUAAAUAUGUAAUCACAUUCUUAUGUACAUUUACAAUAAUAUGGAUUAAACUUUCAAGACU